AUGGAUCUAUCUGUGUUACCGAAUAACAAUCACCCAGACAAAUUCCUCCGUUUAGAUGUACGGGCUCUAAUUGCAAAUUCUGGGGUGCUGCAGGCCAGACAAUGGCGCAACAAAAUAUACUGGCAGGUAAGAUGUGGUCUCAGAGCAAACAUGUUAUAUUUUUUAAAAGAGUGACCAGCUGCAGAUUAUUUGAUGGGUUUUUGAAUGCAAAACUAAUUUUAUUUUCUCAUUCAUAUACCAUUGACUCAUCAACUUAAAAAUAAUUGCCAACAUGUUUUAAGUAUUAUAAUUGUCAAAAUGUAGUUCUUUAUUGUUUUUUUUUUCUGUUUACUUUUUAUCUCUCACAUCAGCUCACAAUCUAAUAAAUUAGUUAAUUAGUUUUUCGAUCUACUUUGGGUUAUAUGUUUACAUGAUUUAUAUGACAUUUGGUUUAUAUGGUGUAUAUGACAUUUUGUCAAUACUAUGCAGCGUAUACUGAUAUUUCACAUAGAAAUAAGCCCUGAGCUCAAACUCCCACAACUCUUGGGUGACAGCAAUUCAUCAGCCCAAGUACUUAGAACAAAACAAAAACAGAUUUGCCAGCGUACUAUAGCAAAUAGGGUACAACACAAAAAAUACAAAAAUGCAAGAAUGCUAAGGUUCAAUUAAAAAGAGAAUAAGGCACCCAAUGGUGAGAGAGUACUAAAGACUGUGUUCAAAUAAAUAAUGUUCUGUACAUUUCUGUCACUUUUGUUAUUUGCAUGUUAUUUAGAGGCUUUCAAAUCUACUUGAAGAAUGUACUUAUUAAUCUCUGUAUAUUUGUUAUAUAUUUAAACCUUUAUAAAAUUAUUGUGGUAAUUAGCAAAAGUAAAUAAGAGUAUAAAAAUACAUUCUCGUUAUUUAUUUCUUCAUAAACACACAUACAGACACGAUUGUACUACUGCUAAUGACAUGCUAGUUCUUAAUUCCAUGUGUCCAUGUUAAACAUUUUAAAGAGGUUACACUGACUUGUACAUUCCUUGUAUUUUUGUGUAUUUUAUAUGUUGUGUAUAGUUGUUUUAUACAAUUUUAUUUCCUUUCUUUAACAGAGGGACAAUGAUAUGCCUAUGCAGUCACCAACAACAGAAAGUCCUACAUUAGAAGAUAAUGCACUUCGCAGCCACAUCACUCCAGAAAUAAUACAAUCUACAAUUAAGAGUAAUCCUUUAUUCCUGGAUGUAAGAAGAGAAGAGAAAAGUGAACCAAAGAAGACGGGGCCGUCAUGGACCAUCGAGGAUUAUGAUAAACAGUCUCCAAAUUCAAAUAUUUCUCUGUACCUGAAGGUACUGUUCUGUUAACAGAUAUAUUAAAAGUCCAGCUGGCUAAAGGGGAACUGACACUUCUCUGGAAUUAUGGAAUAAAAUAUUGGACCAUCUAUUUAUGAGAUGCUCUAUUUUCUUUUACAUUUAUAUUAAAGAUUUGACAUUAUAAUCCCAUUCAGACAAGGGAAAGCUGGGGCAAACAUUGAAAGUGAAGAGGAGACAUAGAAACAUUGUUUCAUUUCUUCACUUGUCUGUGUGCUUUCUCUAUGCUGACUGCCAGGUGUGAUUGACAAAAUUUAUAACAAUGAUUGACAGGGAGCCAAGAUGGAGGCACCCAGGUGCAUAAUGAAGAGGUGUAGAUUUCUAUGUUUUAUAAUAUUUUCCACACCUCACAAAUAUUUUUCCGUUAAAUAAAUGAAAUAGGAAUACAAAAUAAUAAAAAUCCAGAAAAGUGACAAUUUCCCUUAAAGUAGCAAUAUAACAUAGCAUUGACAUGUACCAUUUAAUCAUAUGCCACAGAUGAGAUCUGCAUGAUGGACUAUUCUUUCUUGUGUUGGAAGGGCACAAAAAUCUAGAAAUAUCAAAGCAAAACACAAGUCCGGGCAGAUUUAGAACAUAUUCAACAUUAUUUACUAAAGUGAGAAUUCAAAGUGAAGUCAAAUUUAAGGUAAAACAGCCGAACUGGAAAACUUCUCGAAACCAGCUAUUCUUUCAGUUUGGCUACUCUGGCCUUAAAUUAGAAAGUCACUCUGAAUUCUCACUUUAGUGAACAACUCCAAUUGGUUAAAAAGCAAUGUGUUCAGUUACUUGUGAUAAAAAUUGUAUUUAGGUUUAGUGCAUUUUAUAUGCAGCUCAAUAUCCACAAUAAACGGUUAUCAAACACUGAUUUCUUUAUUGCACUUUUCUUGCACAAAAGACAGAUAUUACUCACAAACGGAUGGAUAUCCACUAUAGAAUGUUAUUGGUAGUUGAACUCCAAUAUGCCUAGUACAGCUCAGAGCUGUAAAGUCGAGGACAGGUAUCUAUGUAAACAUGAACAGGGUAAAAAAAAAAAGCCUGUUGAUUAGUGUUGCGCCAAACAAGCAUGUCAUGUUUGUUCAUUGUAAUGGUUUUAAUUACACUGGACAGCUUUGUUCUUGACUGCUUUUUUUUUUUAAGAAAGAUACAUUGCCAAAUGCUGUAUUCAGGGAAAAAACAAAACAAAACUAAAUCCCAUCUAUUUUGUAAACUUAAAUAGUAUGCAAAGUUUAUGCCUCACAUCCAUAAUAUUAAAAAGAAAGCUCUCAAAAUAAAGGAUCAUACUUUCUAUGAUCUAUUAUAAAAUCAGAUUCAUGUGGUUGACAAGACCUGCCAAGAUUAAUCCAAAAAUAGACUAGUAACUCUAUCACCCCCAGUUGCUAGCCCAACCCAAACUGUAUUCGUGUAUCAUAAUUAUUUGCAACACCAUGAAAGAAAGGUAAUAUUUAUGGAGGCAAUACUGGUUAUUCUUAAAAAGACACUCCACUAGCGAAAUAAAUAAAUCUGCAAUAUUUAGUGUAUAUAUCUCCAAUGAAAACGUAUGCAUUUAAUUAUGGAUUUUUUUUUUAUUGGUUUUAUAUCUAAAAACAGCUUGCAAGGGCUGCAGAUCUCUUGUCUGCAGCCUUUGCAAGUCCCCUUCUAACCCCGCCCAGACUUUCUGUGACUGUCCAAUCACAGAUUUCCUGAUGCAGCUCACUGAGAAGUAUUUGCAAGGCAGGUAAUCUGAGCAAUUUCUUUCUCAUUAGUUUAGCUCCACUGAGCUAAGGAAACCACAAAAUAACAGGAACUGUUAUCUAAUUUACAGCCACGGGUUGUAUGAAAAAAAGUAAAGAACAUUUUUGCUGGGAUUUCGCAUAUUUGUGUGCUGAUGUCUGGGUGAACAAAAAUAAGUGAGGGCUACACUUACACCAUCAUUGUUUAAAUUUGAGGCAAGGCAUUAGAUCCAAUUGUAAUAAAAAAUAAAACACCUAUCUCCGGACUAUGCCUUUAUAUAUCAGCACUCUGUUGUCUUGCAAAAAUAAAUUUAUAAUAAUACUUAAAAAAUAAAUUAUCUCCAUCAAUCAGUGCUAGAGCCCCAAAUGUACCUCUAACUACCAACAAUACAUAUGCACAUAUUUCCAUUUUGUUCACCUGUGGGAGGAUAUCGUAAGUGGACACUCAAAUACAUUAGGGCAUAUGUGAUUGGCAGAGCAUAGAGCAGGGGUAGGCAACCUUCGGUACUGCAGAUGUUGUGGACUAUAUCUCCCUUAUAGGAACACUAUAGGGUCAGGAACACAAACAUGUAUUCCUGACCCUAUAUUGUUAAACCCACCAUUUAGAUGGCUUGCCCCCCUCGGUCCCCUUAAAAGGAAUUAAAAUUCACCUUAUUUCCAGUGUGCGCGGGUCUGCCGGCACUGACCCCGCCCCCGAUCCGCCUCCUUAAUGACAUAAUCAGAAUUGCCCAUUUUUAGCCAUUCCAAUGCUUUCCCCUAGGGAAAGCAUUGGGUUGGCUAAAAUGGGCAAGGAGGAAGGAUGGGGGUGGGGCCAAUUGCCAUUUUGGCCAAUCAGCACUUCUUCGUAGAGAUGCAUUGAAUCAAAACAUCUCUAUGAGGAAAAUUCAGUGUCCCCAUGCAAAGUGUGGAGAUGCUGAAUCGCAGCACUGCCCCAGGAAGCAUCUCCAGUGGCCAUAAGAGGAGUGGCCACUUGGAGGUGUUCCUAGGGGCAAUGUAAACACUGCCUUUUCUCCGAAACAGCUGUGUUUGCAUGAAAAUGCCUGAAGGCAAUGAUUAUAUUCACCAUAACAACUACAUUAAGCUGUAGUUGUUCUGGUUUCUGUAGUGUCCCUUUAAUGUUCUUACAGCCAUAAUCAUGGCAAUGCAUUAGGGGAGAUGUAGUCCAGACAUCUGGAGUGGCAAAGAUUUGCCUAUACCUGGCAUUAAGAGACCUUUCUAGGUAGUUCAAGUUUCCUUUGUGUGACUUUUUUGAAAGUAUUUAUUUUUUUCAUUGUGAAAACCAUUGUGAAUUGUCUAGCAUCUUAAACCAACCUCAUUCAUUUAAAGUAAGCAAAAAGUAACUGUUACUUUGAUAUAAAUGAUAAAGCUCUUAACAAAUAUUUAAGUAUUUCCUAAACACUGAUUUUCCUUUUUCCAUGUGUUUAUUCUUGUUUUCAACAAACAUGGGGUAAUACAUAUUUUUAUACUAGUAGCUUCAUGCUGUGACUAGAAAGAGCAACAUGUCAGGGGAAAAUUAUUUCUAUUAUAUAGUUUUCUAUUUAUUUUUGUAAGACAAGUCAUAUAUUUUUAAAUAAAUUGUUUCUUUUUAAGUGUGAAAUAUAUCUCUAAUUUAUAUUUCAUAUUAAUAUUUCCAGAGUAAUUUUGUUGAUCAGCCUCUGUUUUAGGAACAACCGUUACUUAACACAUUUAAGACACUGUCUCGUCUUUUUGAAAGUAAACAUUGUUUGAGCUAUGGAGUAAAAUCUUAUUUAUAGUUAGUCAUUAUUAUUAUUAUUAUUUUGUCAAAUUAUAUAUUUUUACUAAUUAUAAAAUUAACGUUUACUAGGAAAAUCCUAAUGAUCUGCGCUAUUGGCUGGAAGACAUUUACACACCGGGCUACGAUUCUCUUUUGAAGAAGAAUGAGAAAAAAAAACAGAAAUCCAGAUACUGUAAAAUUUUCAUGUACGUGGCAUUAGCUAGUUGUAUAUUAGUUGCCAUAGUAGUCGUUACUGUUUUGUUUACGUAAAAGCAGUAUUUUUUAUUCAUAUUGUAGCUAUGGUUUGAUAUAACCAAAAAAAUGAAUACUGUUGAUUUAAUACACACUAGCUACUGUUUUUUGGGUAAUAAAACAACAUUUCAACAACUGCGUCGGUGUGCUUUGUACAUCAUAUGGAAUGUCAAGUUCCUCUCCAAGCUGUCAUACUGUUCUAUAUUAUAAUCCUCUAUGACAGUUAGAUAUAAAAUGGGAAAUAAAAGCCGAGUUAACUAAUUUCUUCCACCAGUAACGGAUGUUACAUCAGAAAUUCAGGCUUGGCCAUAUCUUGGUUCACUGGAGCAUUUUAUUAUGAACUAAUGUAAAAUAACAGUAUAUUUUAAUAUGCCUCAAGGAAAAUAUAAAAAUAAGCUUCUGAAUUUUAUUUAAAAAAAUCGAUUUUUCAGAUGAUUUAGCUUUGUUUUUUGCACACAUUUAAUUUAUCUAAACUACUUUAAAAAUGAGUAUGAAAAAUGUUUAUUAAUUUUAUAAAAUUUCUUUAAAAUAGCAGGAAUUAUAAUGUAGCCACUAUUUAUCCAUAUAUUGUAAACGUGUCAAUUUAGUGGUGUGAAUGCUAUAAGUGUUGGGAAAAGUACAUAUAUUGCUGUGGAGUUUUUAUGUGGUGUUAUGAUGUGAGAAUUUAUUUUGCAUAAUGUAGGCUAAAGUAACCAUGGUGGGCAAAUAUUUCCAACACAUUAGAGUUGGGAUUUUUGUUUUUACUUUCUUGAUAUUUUUGAUUUGGUUCUUAAGUCACCACAAUCUGCAUACAGUCUGAUUGGUCCAUUGCAAGUUUAUAUUCCCUGCUUUGGAAACAAAAGACCUCUUUUGUACUCCAUUCCCAACAACAUGUGUUCAUGAGCUAACAUCUGUUUUACAUUGCUCAGCCUAACUCAAAUGCCACCACUUACUUUCCAUUUUGUUAUAGAGCUGAUUUGUGUACUCGGAAAUUCGAUGUGAUAUCACUCUUAGAACGAGUAUAGAAACAUAUAACAUAGAAUGUGACGGCAGAUAAGAACCAUUCGGCCCAUCUAGUCUGCCCAGUUUUCUAAAUACUUUCAUUAGUCCCUGGCCCUAUCUUAUAGUUAGGACAGCCUUAUGCCUCGUGUGGUUUUUUUUUUCUCUUUUUUUUCUCAGGUCUGCAUUGCCCUGUACCUCCUACCUAUACGAGCACUGGCAUUAUCCUCAAAGUUAG